CUGCAUAUUUGUAAAUGAUAGUUUAGAACAAAUAUGAAUACUGAGAUAUUACCCUGAAACGUAACAAUCUGGACAGUAAUACUGUGUCUGAAUCUGAACAAAUUUGGCUUCAGCAGGCUAACUCAGGAGUUCCAGUCAGGGCUUCAGGCCCAUUCAAGCAGACAGAGGUUAAAGAUAAUAAAAUAGAUAUCUUUACCUGGAAGAAAGAAUAAAUAAAUAUCUCUUCCAGCAAUCUGCGCCUCUCCUUAAACCCUACACUUCACUUGUUGGGGUUUUCUGCUUCUUCUUCUACCUCCACCGCUCUCUCCCCUUUAUCCUACAUCUACCCAAAACCCUCCGCAGCCGUUUGCAAAAUCAUGUUAACGGCAUCUCUAAGUCGCUCGUUGCCGGUGCCUCGCAGGCCGGCGACCCUCGCCGCCUUGGCCGCCGUCGAAACCAUUGUGCGAAGCAGCAGCCGCCGCUCUUCAUCAGUAUCUGUCGGUAAUUCCCCUUCCUCCUCCGCCGCUGCAGCCCCCGGCACGGCCUCGUUUCCGGCGGGAAAGGGUCUUCUCUCGUUGGGAUUUGGAGCUUUAUCUUCGGUAAGCUCUGGGUUUCACACUCAAGCUGGGAGAUUGAAUUACAAGUCGUCCACGAUUUCCCAGGCUGAGUUCGCCUUAGAUCAUCAGUAUGGUCACGACGACGACGACGACGACAACAUAAUCGGCGGCGGAGGGAAAGCGAAGGUGGCUAGUAAUAGCCAAAGCGAGGAAGGGCUAGACAUUUCCAAGCUUGGGAUUGCUCAAGAGAUUGUGUCGGCUUUGGCUACUAAGGGGAUCUCUAACCUUUUCCCCAUUCAGAGAGCUGUUCUUGAGCCUGCAAUGGCAGGAAGGGAUUUGUUUGGGAGGGCUAGAACAGGAACAGGGAAAACCCUUGCCUUUGGUAUCCCGAUCCUUGACAAGAUCAUUCAGUACAAUGCGAAGCAUGGACGUGGAAAGAAUCCGUUGGCCUUAGUCAUGGCGCCAACGAGAGAGCUCGCCCGCCAGGUGGAGAAAGAGUUUCGUGAGGCAGCACCUAAUCUGGACACCAUCUGCCUCUAUGGUGGUACCCCCAUUCAGCGGCAGAUGAGGGAACUCGAAUAUGGCACUGACAUUGUGGUCGGCACGCCUGGUAGGAUUAUUGAUCUGAUGAGGAGAGGAGCUCUGAACUUGUCGGAAGUCCAGUUUGCUGUUCUUGAUGAGGCAGACCAGAUGCUUGCCGUCGGUUUUGUUGAUGAUAUUGAAACAAUCUUCAAGCAGAUGCCACCGAAGCGACAGAACAUGUUGUUCUCUGCCACCAUGCCAAGUUGGAUCAAGAACCUCAUCAAGAAUUACCUAACAAAGCCGCUGACUAUCGAUCUGGUAGGUGAUUCGGAUAAGAAGCUAGCUGAUGGGAUUACUCUGUACUCUAUUGCAUCAGAGUCGUAUCAGAAAGCAGGCGUUCUCGCUCCUUUGAUUGCAGAACAUGGGAAGGGAGGAAAGUGUAUUGUGUUCACAGAGACAAAACGUGAUGCGGACCGUUUGGCUUAUGCUAUGGCAAAAAGCCAUAAAUGUGAAGCAUUGCAUGGCGAUAUCUCUCAAAUGCAAAGGGAAAGGACACUUGCAGGUUUCCGAGAUGGUCAGUUCAAUAUACUUGUGGCUACUGAUGUCGCUGCACGUGGUCUAGAUGUACCAAAUGUUGAUCUGAUUAUACACUAUGCUAUUCCAAACUCAACCGAGACAUUUGUUCAUCGAUCUGGUCGUACUGGACGUGCUGGGAAAAAGGGAACUGCCAUUCUCAUUUACGGCGGGGAUCAGAGUAGGCAAGUGAAGAUCCUUGAGCGAGAAGUAGGAUGCCGAUUCACCGAGCUCCCAAAAAUUGCUGUUGAUGCUGGAGCCAUGAACCUAGACAUGGGCGGCAGUAGUCGAUUCGGCCAGUUUGGCAGCUCAGGAGGCCGUGGUGGCAGUGGCGGCUAUGGCCGGUUCGGUAGUGGUGGUGGUGGUUCGAGUAGCUACGGUUCUGGAGGACGUGGUGGAGGCUAUGGUGGUCGACAAGGAGGCAGCAGCGGUGGUGGACGGUUCCAGUCUCAGCCAGGCGGCUAUGGUGGUUCGAGUCAAGGUCGUAGCAGCGGUGGCUCGUUCAGUGACUUUGGCAAGUCGGACCGAGGUGGUGGCUCGUUCAGCGACUUCAGCUCAGGCCGUUCCAGUGGGUUCGGUGACUCUGGCUCGAAGCGUUCCAGCUCGUUUGGAGGCGGGGGUCGAUUUGGGGGAUUCGGAGACGGCGGGGAUGACAAGGGCUUUGGAGGAGGAAGACGGUAGGCGGAUUUAAUCAUACAUGGAAGCCGGCGGGGGGCAGCAGAGGUUUCAUGUGGCUUUUUCGUUCUUCAAUAUCUAUAUUUAGCUUGACUCACUCACUCUGUGUAAUGUAACCGUAACUAUUUUUGAGACCUGAGACUAAUUCUAUCAUUAGUUCAAUUAUGAGGGGAAAAGUGUUUAUUCAUGCAUGUUAAUUAGUAAGUUUGAUUGAAAUAAUCACUUAAAUUGCAUUCAUGGGCUGUACGUGGUCUUCACAUGGGGGGAUUAAUGAAGUUAAAAUGUUAGUUAUGGGAAGCAAAUUCAUUGUUUAUAAGGAAUUACAUGAUAAGAGUCAAUAAGGAAUUACAUGAUAGAGUAGUAUAUACAUGUUUUCCAAGUAGGGUGAUUAAUUGGGAGGAUUCAUUGUUUACAGACUAUCUGAAUUUGAUUAAGUUGUUGGUAAUUAAUUGCUCAUGUAUUAAACAUGUGUAUGUGAUUUAUUAAAGGAAAGGGGCAUGCUGGAGAAUCAUCAAGGCAUAAGGGUUUAGCAGAGUAAUCGAGUAGUGAAGUAAAUUCUAACCUAAUGUUUAUCUUAAUAUGAUUAUGGUAUUUCGGGUCAUGAAGCGGUCUGAGUACAACGUGUAUGAUGGUUUGGUAAGCUUUAAACUAAUUUUGAUUUGAAUAUCGGUAUAUGGUAUGGUUACAUGAUUGAAUGAUUGAUUUAAUUAUCGUAUGAUUGGAUGAGGUUACCAUAGCAUGGUAAUUAUAUGAUAAUGUAUGACGAAAUGAUUGUAUGAUGGUAUGACCAGAAGGUCAUAAUACAUGUUGUUAUGUGUGUGCUAAACGAUAUUAUGUGAUGAGUAUAUGAUAUGUGAAAUGUCAUUUGAGGCGGUCAAGUGGAAAGAAUGGCAAGAAAGGUUGCCUUUUGCCAAUUAUACGAGAUGAGAUAAAAUGGCCUAUGAGUCAUGCAAGUGAAUGUGAUAUGAAAUGGCCUUGGGUCACACAAGUAUUAUGUUUAGUUGUGACUAACUAUAAGAAUUACAUGGUCACCUAAAGCAAAUGUAAUGGCGCCCUGUCAUGCACUCAUUAUAAGUGAAAAGAGGCUUCAAGCUUAAGAGAUAAAAGAGUUAUACGAUAACUCCUUUUCAGGAGUAAUGUCAGGCAUGGCUAAGAGUUUAUGAGAUAUGACACUUUGUGCCCACGAGUUUACGAGAUCUGGCACUUUGUGCCUACGAGAUUACGAGUUCACGAGAUCCCGGGGAGUGCAUGACUUGACAAAUUAAAGAAUAAAAGCUACUGAAUCCAGCUAACUAUAUGUAUGCACUUGUGUGAUUGGAUGUUGAUUCAUGGGUGCUUUUGGAUGCAACAUGAGUACUUAAAUGUCAAUCUUAGUAUUUGUCAUCUUUGUGUGAUAUGUGAUUGAGAUGGCAAUCUUAGUAUUUGCCAUAUUUGAUAUAUAGAAGGUGAACCCCUAUACGAUAUAUGAAAUAUGUGAAGGUCGAUGUGUUUUAUAUGUGAUAUCAGGUGACAUGGUGAGUUAUAUUUUGUGAUAAUCUCCUAUGACGAGUGGUACAACGAUUAAUCAGGAAACUAUUUUAUAAGCAGUGAUGAUAUGUUCAUUUGAUUAUGAUACUACCAUGAGAUGUUGACGUACAUAAUGUUAUGAGUCUACAAUACCUCUCAUGAUGCGGUGUUGGUAGAAGUAUAAAGAUAUAAUGAAAUUAUGAAAAUUUUGUAUGGUGUAUGAGAAUAAAUAUGAACUAUUUGCAACAUCAGGUAGGGUAAAGUAAAGGUGAAACCCUAAACGAAUCAUGUAUGAUAUAUAACGUAUAUGGGAAAGAUCGAAUGAACGAGGGAAGAAAUUUUGUGUGAAUCUACAUAAGUGAGACAUAGGUAAAGUUAUCAAGUGAUUAAAUAUGCACCGAAUUUAAUGGACAAAAGACACUCCGAGUCACAACACAACCCGAUAUCAUUUCAUAUUAAUAUUUAUAUUAGGUUAUUGUUUACUCAUUGAGUGACGUCUCACCCCGUCAAUAUUUUUUCCUCACAGGACUAGAACGACAUCAGUAGAGCGAGACGGAUGAGUACUGUCGGCCAAAUGGCUAAAAGGUGGGCGGCGGAACUGAACUCUCCACAAAUCUUUCAAUUAAAAGUUAGGGAAAAGUAAAGUUUUUGCAAGCUA